CUCGCCCACCAAGCAAAAUAAUCCACUUCUACAAGUACUCAUCAUCUAUGGCAAAACUCGCCAUCCUUUUAGCAAGCUUCAUAGCUCUACUCUUCUUGGUAGAUGCCUCCAUCUACCGAACAACUGUCAUAGUGGACGCUGAGGACGCAAACAAUAUUCUAAGACAGGAUAUUCAUCAGCAACAAAGAGGUUCAUGUAGUGCAGAGAUUGAAAAGCAGCAGAAUCUGUGGCGCUGUCAGCAAUAUAUCAAGAAAGAAGUUACCGGAUGGGGACCGAGAAUGGACUACUAUCCUUUAUGCUGUGACCAUCUCGAGCAGAUGACAUCACAGUGCAGAUGCGAGGGUCUGAGACAGGCUAUUCAGAAGCAACAGAGCGAGGGACAGAUUGAGGGGGAAGAUGUUCGCGAGGCAUUCAGGAUAGCUCAAGAUUUGCCAUCAAGGUGCGGUGUGUCACCGAGCCCAUGCCAGUUUGAGCCUGGUUUGGGAUUUUAAAAUAAACUAUGUGUGGUAAUAUUACACACGAUGCAUGUACAUAUAGCUAGCUAAUAAAGAGCCUGAUCACCUCUAUCGUGGCAAUUUGUAGCUGGAGAUUAGGUGAUUGAGACGACCACGACUAAUCGAGUGUGGCAUUACUCAUAAACAAAUAUAUGAUGUGUGUACGCAAGUUCUAAGGCUUUCUAAGUUGUUGCUUUACUUAAUAUGUAAGUUUUAAGGUUUAUUAGUCAACUAGUAAUUUUAUCAAAA